AUUUCAUGUGAUACUGAAAUCCCAAUCCUCUUCAAUCCUUCCUUCCAGCCCAACCCUCUUUUCUCUUCAAUCAGAUCUAACCAAAUUUCAAUUUUAUUGCACACUGCCAAUUCCUACUUUCAGUCGUUGAGGUUCAUCUCUACUAGCAAACACACGAGUCUUCGGUUUUUCUCAAAUUUGGAGCGUUGGGGCUGAACUGUGUGUAUGUAUAUAUAUAUAUAUAUAUAUACAUAUACUGGUUCAGAGAAUCUUGGCGGCAAGAGGUUGUUUUUGGGAGGAAGAACGGUGUGGAGUUCGAUAGAAAAUUUGAAGGAGAACCUGAAUAAGAUCGCACAGGAUGUGCAUGACGAUGAAGAUGAUGACGAGCUCGAGAUCUAUGGUGUCAAUGGAGGCGAGGCGUCGCCAGUCUUUGAUCGGAGAAAUUCACACAGUUUUGCGCAUUCCAAGUAAACUUCUCGCUCGCCGCUAGCGAACGGAAUCGAUUCCCCUACUGCAAGUCCUGAGAUUGACCAGUACAAAUCAGAAAUAAAGAGGCUUCAGGAAUCGGAAGCAGACCGUAGGCCCGUAGCUGACCCUCGACCACCCGCACGUCCCAACCUGGUCUGUCGCCUUUCUUCGAAGUCGUCGUUCCUCCACCCACAUAGUCGCUACUUUGGCUAUUUGAUCGACUUUGCAUGCGCGAAUAGUUGACAGACCUUUUAGUGCUUCUCCAAAUUGUACAUAAAAAAAAGAGUGAUCUUGUGAUGGAAUCCAAGCGCUUCAUGGAACCCACGUCCUCUCACAGAAACCAGAACUUGAGUGUGGCGCCUUAGGACCACUCGACCAUCCUGACUAGUUGUAUGUUAUCCUCUAACUUGAAAUCUUACAAUGGAAGAAUUUAUUAAAAGAAAAACUGAUGCGUUUCUCUACAGAGGGAGUAUUCGAUGAAAUUGGAGCUUUGCUAUAUUCCCGUGAAAACUCUACAUAGUCUGUAUUUCGUAUUUCUGGAGAUUUGGAGAAGUGUCAACAAAUAGAAGCAGAGCAGUGCUCGUCGAUCAUAACAUCUUCAUGGAUUCAACUCCCUUUCAACCUAACGUACAACCUCCUUGGCACCCUAUGGUACCCCCUAAUCAACCAAGCACGAGUGCCUUUUGGGAAACCAGAAACGCACUUAACAGCCUCAAAGAUUUACAUGACACUCUCAGUCUUGCGAAAUCAAUGAGUAAGGAACUUGAAAUGUUGAUGGUAAUCAAAGAUGGUAGAGGGUCUCUAGAAGUAGAUAAUGAUGAUUCAAAUAGUGGGAUUUUUAAAAUUUUGAAAGAUAGAAGGAUUGAUAUAGAAUCCCAAGUGUCACUUUCAGUGGAAACGGCAAAUUCUCUGAUGUUUAGAUUAAGAGCUCAAAUUGAACCCUUUAGGGUGUUAAAUGAUGAAAUGUCUCCAUGGGAGGAAAAAUGUGCAGCUAUGAGGUUAUCUAAUAAAAUGAAGAAGUCGAAACGAAAUAAGUAUUGGAGGAAGAAAAAGAGGAAGCUCAUUGCAGAAAUGAUUGCAAAGGAACAUGAAAGGUUUGACCAAGCUGAUCAAGAAGCUGAUGAGUGGAGGGCUAGGGAAAUUGCCAAUGAUAUUGCAAAACGCAAGGUGGAGAAGAUGAAAGAGAUUGCAAAGCUGAAAGCGAAAGAGGAGAGAAAGAGGCUAGAAUCUGAGCUUGAGCUGGUAUUGAUUGUGGAGAAACUGCAAGAGUUACGUUCAAUUAGGAUUCAAAAAUUGAAAAAACAAGGUCAUUUUCUUCCUGAGGAGGAUGACAAAUUUCUUGAGAGGGUGCAAGCUGCGGUGGAGGAAGAGGAGCGUCAGGCAAUUGCAGCAGCUGAUACAGAGGCUGCAAAGGGUGCCAUUGCAACUGCUGAAGAAUCUAGGAAAGCGACCUAUAAUCUUGGGCCUGAAUCAAAAGAUAUAAGCCCUAGGGAAGACAACAAUCAGGACGCUGUGGUGAAAAAUCAUGAGAACUCUAAUGUGAACAUGGAGAAAGAAUCUGGGAAGCAAGCAUUAGAGACACAAGUCUAUGAUUCUGUUGCAAACCUCCCAAUUGAAUUCUAUCACUAUUAUCAUGGGAGCAAUACUGAUAUAGGCACCCUUAUUGAGGUGAGAAGAACAUGGGAUGCCUACAUAAGACCAGGAGGAAGCCGCAUACCAUGGCAUUGGGUUCAACCUCCACCUCCUGCGAAUGAGAUUUGGGCUUCGUAUCUGAUGAGGUCAAAAUGAUACUCAACCGACUCAUAUAAAGGAUAUGGGAUUGUUUGACAGUUUUGCUUGUUGUACCAAAUCAAUUCCCUUAUGUUUGUUCUAGAUGUAUGGAACACCAAGAUAAUGUUUUUUUUACUUGUGAUGAUCGAUCGAGUCUAACUUUAAAUUUGCGCAUAAGUUACUUCACCUUACAACAUCAAAGUCCAUGGUCAUAAGAAAAAUGUUGAAUUAUAAAGAUUUGUUGGAGUCUUAUUCUCUAGUCUCUACGAGUCCCAAGUAGUUUUGAAGGUCCAAAAUUUCAAGAUUCUCAUGUAAGUUUUCAAUGAGGACUUCUACAUUGCUGGACAAUCAGGAUUCAGGAGUUAACCUUAUUGAACAUUA